AUGGCCGGCACAGACUUCACCCUCCAGAUCCUCCGCACCGUCGUCACCCUCGUCACGGUUCUGUGCUACACUGUGACCUCAUGCUUCGUGAUCGCCCGCAUCUCGUCGCCCCUCACCUCCAUCCUCCCCCUCCCCCUCCUGGCUGUCCUCUACCUCAACUCUGAGGCGCCCAAGCCGCCAUCCCCUCCCCUCAACUCUGAGGCGCCCAAGCCGCCAUCCCCUCCCCUCAACUCUGAGGCGCCCAAGCCGCCAUCCCCUCCCCUCAACUCUGAGGCGCCCAAGCCGCCAUCCCCUCCCCAACAGAUCUCUCACACCCGAGCGCGCGGAUCAUGGAGCGCCGCAACAGGAGACUCGGGCGAUAAAUGGCACCUCGGGGACACACCGCUGCGAGAAUGA